AUGUACAAAAUUUUGAGUGAAUAUGUAAGUAGCAAUCUCAGUGAAACAACCCUCCCGGUCACAGCCUGCAAUUCGGCGUCACGCAGUGGCGGCUUCCGCGAGCUCGCACGCGCGUGCGCCGUCGGCUGGCGGGCUGCCGCCGCGGCGGCUGUGGCCACCCGCGCGCCGCUCACGGUAGUCGCUGCGCCCCUGGCCGCCCGCGCGGACGCUGCCCGCACAGCAGCUGCGCCUGCGUGCCGCCCGCACAAUGCGGCCGCCCCCGCCAGCGCCACCUCCCAAUGUGACGCCGCCUCACGUGACUGCCGCCUCAGCACGCACCGGCGCGCCAGUCGCUCGUUUCGCGGGCCGCGGUCUCGGGCGCUAAUCGCUGCCACCUCACCGACUCGUUAUCGCGGCGAUCCGUACCGCUGCGCUUACAGUGAUGCGAUAAAGACGAACAGCGGAAGCGAGGAGCUGUGGCAGACGUUGGUGCGCGAGCGGGCGCCGUUGGCCGCGCUGCUGCUGCUCUUCUCGGCGGCCACCGUCUUCGGCAACGGGCUCGUCAUCGUGGCGGUGGCGCGCGAGCGCUACCUCCACACCGCCACCAACUACUUCGUCACGUCGCUCGCCGUCGCCGACUGCCUCGUCGGGCUCGUCGUGAUGCCGUUCAGCGCCGCCUACGAGGUCGCCAACCACGCGUGGUUCUUCGGAAUAGACUGGUGCGACGCGUGGCGCUCGCUGGACGUGCUGGCGAGCACGGCGUCCAUCCUGAACCUGUGCGUCAUCUCGCUUGACCGCUACUGGGCCAUCACGGACCCUUUCUCGUACCCCGCGCGGAUGACGGGCCGGCGCGCGGCGGCACUCAUCACGGCCGUGUGGGUGUGCUCCGGCGCCAUCUCGUUCCCCGCCAUAGCGUGGUGGCGCGCCGUGCGGCCCGAGCACGUGCCGCCCUACAAGUGCCCCUUCACCGAGAACCUCAGCUACCUCAUCUUCUCAUCCACUAUCUCCUUCUACCUGCCGCUCUUCGUCAUGGUCUUCACCUACUACCGCAUCUACCGCGCUGCCGUCGUCCAGACGCGGUCACUCAAGCUGGGCACCAAGCAGGCGAGUGGAUCCUGUUACUGUUCCUAA